GAACUCGGAAUCACCAGUGACAACAUCUGAGCCCGGAGUUCAGCCGCGCACUUUCUCUGGAUCUACUUCAGGAUGAACUAAACUGUUUUUGUGAAUCAACAUUUAUCUUUUUUAAGGAAGACAUCAUUCGGAUCUAUGAACAAACUCAUGUGGAUUUGUAAAACCCCUCUAAAGCAGAAGGAUGCAUAUUUUGUUUGUUCUAACUUUAUUGUGGUCGCUGAUAAUUACGCGAGGCCAAAGAUGCCAAAUGCCCACAGAGAGGUGUUUGAACCAGGGGACUUGUGAACGGACUCGUGAAGGACUGGAUGAAUGCAAGUGCCGUGAUGGAUUUGUAGGGAACAGAUGUCAGUUCCACGACCCCUGCACCACUGCACCGUGUUUGAACGGAGGCACCUGUCGGGCUGUGUCCAAGGGCAACACCGUGGACUUCAGCUGCACCUGCAAACUGGGCUUUUCCGAUCGCAGGUGCAUGACGCCGCUCAACAACAUUUGUAUUAACUCACCCUGUCGCAACGGUGGCACAUGCGAGCUCGAAACCCUUCAAACGUACAAGUGCCGCUGCCCUCCCGGAUGGUCAGGUAAAUUAUGUCAACACCCAGACCCUUGCGCCUCAAACCCAUGUGCCAACGGAGGCCAGUGCUCCGCCAUAGAGUCCCACUACGUCUGCUCCUGCUCGCCUUUCUUCUCUGGAAAGACCUGCAGACAAGAUAUUAACGAGUGCGACGCCAGCCCGCCCCCCUGCAAGAACGGAGGCGUGUGCAUAAAUGAGGUCGGCGGCUACCGAUGCCAGUGCCCCCUGGAGUACACCGGCAAACACUGCGAGACACGAUACUUCCCCUGCAGUCCCUCCCCAUGUCUCAACGGAGGAACGUGUGUCCAGAAGGGAGACACCAGCUACGAGUGCUCGUGUGUGCCAGGUUUUACCGGGAAAAACUGCAACAUCAACAUUGACGACUGCCCAAAUCAUGAGUGUCAGAACGGAGGCACCUGUAAAGACGGAGUGAACACGUACAACUGUCAGUGUAAACCAGAGUUUACAGGCCAGCUCUGCACUGAUGAUGUCGAUGAAUGUCUAAUGAUGCCCAAUGUCUGUCAAAAUGGCGGCACGUGUCACAACACCUACGGCAGUUAUCAGUGCGUGUGUGUAAACGGCUGGACCGGAGACGACUGCAGUGAAAACAUCGACGACUGUGCGAGCGCCGCCUGCUCCCAGGGCUCCACCUGCCACGACCGAGUGGCCUCUUUUGUCUGUGAAUGUCCUCAUGGACGCGCAGGACUGCUGUGCCAGUUGGAUGACGCCUGCAUCAGUAACCCGUGCCAGAAGGGGUCUAACUGUGACAUCAACCCCGUGAGUGGGGAUCACUUCUGCACUUGCCCUCUAGGCUACAUCGGAGCUUCAUGUGAUCAAGACGUGGACGAGUGCUCACUGGGUCCCAAUCCCUGUGAACACGCAGGAAAGUGCAUCAACACCAAAGGCUCAUUCCAGUGUAAAUGUCAGCGUGGUUACGUGGGGGCUCGCUGUGAGCUGGACGUUAACGAGUGCCUGUCGACCCCCUGUAUGAAUGAAGCCACCUGCCUGGAUCAGAUCGGAGACUUUCACUGUAUCUGUAUGCCAGGUUACGAAGGAGAGUUCUGUGAAAUUGACACAGACGAGUGCGCCAGCAGUCCGUGCCUCAACAACGGCAAAUGUAUCGACAAGAUCAACAAUUUUCUCUGCCAGUGCCCCACAGGCUUCACCGGGUCCCUCUGCCAGAUCGACAUCGACGAGUGUGCCAGUACGCCCUGUAAAAAUGGCGCCAAGUGCACAGAUGGGCCCAACAACUACACAUGUGAAUGCACUGAAGGAUACUCAGGACGACACUGUGAGGCCGACAUCGAUGAGUGUUACUCAGACCCGUGUCAUUAUGGGACCUGCAUCGACGGCUUGGCCUCGUUCAGUUGCCACUGUAAACCUGGUUAUACAGGACGUCUGUGUGAAACCAACAUCAACGAGUGUUUAAGCCAACCCUGUCGGAACGGAGGCACCUGCCAGGACAGAGAGAACUCUUAUAUCUGCAACUGUCUCAAAGGCACUACUGGAAUCAAUUGUGAAAUCAACAUUGACGAUUGUAAAAGCAAUUCAUGUGAUUAUGGAACGUGCCUGGACAAAAUCAAUGGCUAUGAAUGUGUUUGUGAGCCGGGCUACACUGGCACCAUGUGUAACAUUAACAUAGAUGAAUGUGCCAGCGGCCCUUGUCAUAAUGGCGGCACUUGUGUUGAUGGUAUCAAUGGCUUCACCUGUGUGUGUCCUGAAGGAUACCACGACACCACCUGCUUCUCCCAAGUCAACGAGUGCCUCAGCAGUCCCUGUAUUCAUGGUCACUGUGAGGACAAAAUCAAUGGAUACAACUGUCUUUGUGACUCUGGUUGGACUGGCAAAAACUGUGAAAUAAACAGUAAUGAGUGUGAAUCCAACCCGUGCAUGAACGGAGGCACGUGUAAGGACAUGAUCAGCGGAUACAUCUGCACCUGUCGAGGGGGAUUCACAGGACCGAACUGCAAAACUAAUAUCAACGAAUGUGCCUCCAACCCAUGUCUGAACCAAGGGUUCUGCAUUGAUGAUGUCGCUGGAUAUAAAUGCAUCUGUUCUUUACCUUACACUGGAGAAAACUGUGAAACGUUAAUGGCCCCGUGUAGCUCCAAACCCUGUCGACACGGCGGCGUGUGUCAGGAAUCUGAAGACUAUCAGAGCUUUUCCUGCGCUUGUCCUGAAGGAUGGCAAGGUCAAACCUGCGAUGUCGAUAUCAAAGAAUGUGUAAAAAAUCCUUGUCGCAACGGAGCCACAUGUCAAAACACUUUAGGCAGUUAUCGAUGUAACUGCAAACCGGGAUUCAGUGGACGAAACUGCGAAACCGACAUCGACGACUGCAAACCAAAUCCUUGUAGUAACGGUGGAGUCUGUAAGGACAAGGUGAAUGGCUUUUUCUGCACCUGUUUGCCUGGUUUUCGUGGGACCAAAUGUGAGGAGGACAUAAACGAGUGUGAGAGUAACCCGUGUAAAAACGGAGCCAACUGCACAGACUGCGUCAACAGUUACACCUGCACAUGUCCGUCUGGUUUCAGCGGAAUUCAUUGUGAAAUCAACACUCCCGACUGCACAGAGAGCUCCUGUUUGAACGGUGGGACGUGUGUAGAUGGUAUUAACGCCUUUACGUGCCUGUGCCCCCCGGGUUUCACCGGUAACUACUGUCAGCACGAUAUCAACGAAUGUGACUCUAAGCCGUGCAUGAACGGAGGCACGUGUCACGACAGCUACGGCACCUACAAGUGCACCUGCCCACACGGAUACACCGGACUCAACUGUCAGGGUCUGGUUCGCUGGUGUGAGUCUGCUCCUUGUAAAAAUGGAGGGUCUUGUUGGCACAGGGGCACCACCUACAGCUGCCAGUGUGCGACAGGCUGGAGUGGGCAGUACUGCGACGUCCCGACUGUUUCGUGUGAAGUAGCAGCUAAACAAAGAGGGGUGGAUGUGUCACAGUUGUGUCGUAACUCUGGGCAGUGUCUGGAUGCAGGAAAUGUGCACUACUGUCACUGUCAGCUGGGUUACACUGGGAGUUACUGUGAGGAGCAGGUGGAUGAGUGUAACCCCAACCCCUGUCAGAACGGAGCCACCUGCACUGACUUUUUGGGUGGAUACUCGUGCAAGUGCAUGCCAGGCUUUGUGGGGACCAACUGUUCUGAUGAGAUCAAUGAAUGCUUCUCCCAGCCGUGCCAGAACGGGGGCACCUGCAUUGACCUGAUCAAUACCUACAAAUGCUCCUGUCCCCGGGGAACCCAAGGCGUUCACUGUGAGAUCAACAUUGACGACUGCAACCCGUUUAUUGACGCUGUGACCAAAGAGCCAAAGUGUUUUAACAAAGGCAGAUGUGUGGAUCGAGUCGGGGGGUAUCACUGCGUCUGCCCCUCUGGAUACGUGGGGGAGCGCUGCGAAGGAGACGUCAACGAGUGUCUGUCCAACCCAUGUGACCCACGGGGCACUCACAGCUGCAUCCAGCUCACCAACAACUACCAGUGCGAGUGUCGCACCGGAUACACAGGUCGACACUGUGACUUAAUAUUUGACGGUUGUAAAGGGAAACCAUGUCACAAUGGAGGGACCUGUGCUGUCGCCAGUAAUACACCGUAUGGAUUUAUCUGUAAAUGUCCUCCUGGAUUUUCAGGUUCUACGUGUGAAUAUGAUGCUCAGGCCUGUGGGACACUUCACUGUCACAACGGUGGCACCUGCAUCUCUGGACACAAAAGUCCAAAAUGUCUGUGCACUCCGUCUUUUACUGGGCCUGAAUGCAGAUUUCCUGCUAACAGUCCGUGCACUUCAAACCCGUGUUACAACGGUGGAACGUGUGAGAACACGCCUGAGGCUCCUUUCUACCACUGUGUCUGUCCGACUAACUUCGGUGGUCAGCGCUGUCACAUUCUGGACCGCGGUUUGAAGGAAGAAGUGUGUGGGAUACCUGAGUGUGAGGAUCUAAAACACAACAAGAUCUGUGAUGUCGUGUGUAACAACCACGCGUGCGGCUGGGACAACGGCGACUGUUCUCUUAACUUUGACGAUCCCUGGAAAAACUGCUCCUCCUCUCUUCAGUGCUGGCGAUACUUUAAUAAUGGAAAAUGUGAUUCCCAAUGUGACAACGCUGGAUGUCUGUAUGACGGCUUUGACUGUCAGAACCUCGAGGGCCAGUGCAACCCCCUGUAUGACCAGUACUGCAGAGACCACUAUGCAGACGGCCACUGUGAUCAAGGCUGUAAUAACGGCGAGUGUGGAUGGGACGGUCUGGACUGUGCCCAUAUGCCCGAGAAGCUCGCCGUGGGUCAGCUGGUGCUGGUCGUCCACAUUGUGCCCGAACAGCUUCUGAACAAUUCCUUUGGCUUCCUGCGCGAGCUGAGCCUGGUGCUUCGCACUAAUGUUCUGAUCAGGAGAGACUCAAAGGGACAGAUGAUGGUUUAUCCGUACUACGGAAACCAGCACGAGCUGAAGAAGUACAACGUGAAGCGCUCUGUAGACGCCUGGUCAAAUGUACCUGCUAAAGUCCUCAACGUCGUCAAGAGGAGUCUGUUUGUUUCACCAGAAGAACAUCCACUGACCAAACGGGAACUGGAUCCUUUGCAAAUUAAAGGUUCCAUAGUCCAUUUAGAGGUGGAUAAUCGUCAGUGCUUCCAACAGUCCACAGAAUGUUUUCAAAGCACCAACGAGGCCGCCGCUUUCCUGGGAGCUUUGAAAUCCAGUGACAAACUGGACGUCCCCUACACCAUCGAGGCUGUUUACAGUGGUGUGGACCCCCAACCGUCCCAGGACUUCUACCCGAUCUACUUGGUUCUCGGUGGCGUUGGGUUACUGGCCUUCCUCGGCGUGGGGAUGGUGGCUGCACGAAAGCGGCGGCAUGAGCACGGACGCUUGUGGCUUCCAGAAGGCUUCAAAACCACAGAACCAAGUAAAAAGAAAAGACGGGAACCAGUCGGAGAAGAUUCUGUGGGAUUAAAGCCACUGAAAAACACAUCAGACAUAUCCCUCAUGGACGACGCACAAAACGACUGGGGCGAAGACGAGACGUCAGAUGUAAAACGCUUUAAGCAUUUUGAUGAACAUGCCAUACUGGACACAGAUGAUCAGACUGACCAUCGUCAGUGGACGCAGCAGCACCUGGACGCUGCAGAUCUGAGGAUCCCGUCCAUCGCCCCGACUCCUCCUCAGGGCGAGAUCGAGAACGACUGUAUGGACGUCAACGUCAGAGGACCAGAUGGAUUCACUCCCCUGAUGAUCGCGUCCUGCAGCGGCGGAGGUUUGGAAACGGGCAACAGUGAAGAAGAGGAAGACGCUUCAGCCAAUGUGAUCAAUGACUUCAUUUAUCAGGGCGCCAACUUACAUAACCAGACGGACCGUACGGGUGAAACGGCGCUUCACUUGGCCGCUCGUUACGCCCGCUCUGACGCGGCCAAGCGGCUUCUGGAGGCCAGUGCGGACGCCAACAUUCAGGACAAUAUGGGCCGCACGCCGCUGCACGCCGCUGUGGCCGCAGACGCACAGGGCGUCUUCCAGAUUUUGAUAAGAAACCGAGCCACAGAUCUUGAUGCACGGAUGCACGACGGAACGACCCCUCUGAUCUUGGCCGCUCGUCUGGCGGUGGAGGGCAUGGUGGAGGAGCUCAUUAACUGUCACGCUGAUGUGAAUGCGAUUGAUGACUUUGGUAAAUCUGCCCUUCACUGGGCGGCAGCUGUGAACAAUGUGGAGGCAGCGAUUGUUCUACUGAAGAAUGGAGCCAACAAAGACAUGCAGAACAAUAAGGAGGAAACGCCUCUUUUCUUGGCGGCGAGAGAAGGAAGCUAUGAAACUGCAAAAGUUUUACUGGACCACUUUGCCAACAGGGAGAUAACGGACCACAUGGACCGUUUACCCAGAGACAUCGCACAGGAAAGAAUGCAUCAUGACAUUGUGCGACUGAUGGAUGAGUACAAUCUAGUACGAAGUCCUCAGAUGCAUGCAGGGUCUUUGAGCACCACCCUGUCACCCCCUUUGUGUUCUCCAAACGGAUACUUAGGGAGUAUGAAACAGCCCCCGCCUCAAGGCACGUGCCUCGGAAAAAAGGCACGGAAACCCAGCGCCAAAGGCAUCGGCUGCAAAGACGGUAAAGAAAUGAAGGUGAAGAAGAAGAAUUCACAAGAUGGGAAGUCAGGGAACCUCCUGGACAGUUCUGCUGUUUUGUCUCCGGUGGAUUCACUCGAGUCCCCUCACGGUUAUGUGUCUGACGUGGCCUCACCUCCGAUGAUGACGUCACCUUUUCAACAGUCGCCCUCUGUGUCCCUGAACCACCUGCAGGGCAUGUCCGACCCUCAUCUCGCCGUAAACCACAUGGUCCUGCCCAGUAAACAAGAGCUGGCCAGAAUGCAGUUCGAUCCCCUUCCUCCCCGGCUCACGCAUUUGCCCGUGUCCAGCUCCACGGGUCAGGCGGCGAUGAACGGGCAGUGCGACUGGCUCUCCAGAAUGCACGGCACCAUGAGUCAGUCCGCUCAGUUCAACCCCAUCAGAGGAGGCCCUGCCGGUCAGGGGGGAUUACAUCAAGGAGGGCAGCACGGGUUAAUGGCCUCCCAUCACAGCAACCACGCCGCCGCCAGCCUGUCUCAAAUGAUAAGUUACCAGGGCAUCCCCAACGGCCGCUUGGCACCGCCGCCCCACAUGAUGCAACAGCAAGCUCAGCAGAUCCAACAGAUGCAAAACCUACAACAAAUACAACAGCAACAACAGCAGAGCAUCCAGCUUCAGCACCAGAGCUCCACCACAGCCAACAACCAGAACUUCAUGAACGGUGAACUGAGCUCCCCUGAACUUCAGCCGGGCACAGGCAGCUCCAGCAUCCCCAUCCACACCAUCCUACCACAGGACACGCAAAUCAGGCCCACGUCUAUGACCCAGUCGAUACCCAGUACCCAGUUCCUCACUCCACCGUCGCAGCACAGUUACUCCGGCCCGUUGGACAACACCCCAAACCACCAGGUCCAAGUGCCUGACCACCCCUUUCUGACGCCCUCCCCUGGGUCUCCUGAUCAAUGGUCGAGUUCCUCUCCACAUUCCAAUAUGUCAGAUUGGUCAGAGGGUAUUUCAAGUCCGCCUACGAGUCUCCCGUCUCAGAUUGGACCUACAAGGACAGUUUAAAUACAAAUUGUACAUAUAUAUAUAUUUUUUCUAUUUUCCCAAUUUACUUCAAACUAAAACGUGGCCAGGUUGUAUAGUACAUUUGUGUGUACACUUAUGUAAUUGACAUAAUCAGAUUUGAGUUUCAUUUAUUCUUUUUAUUAUUUAUUGUUAAUGUGGAUUUAUUUAUAUUCUUGCCUGCUUGCAGAAAUUUUGAGUGCCAGUUGAUUUUUAUGUUCAGUCGGCGUUUUUCUUUAGUCGCCCGCUUAAGUUUUCUACUGCAGAGACACAGCAUACACUGGGUAUUUAUUUUAUUCUGGGCAUCUUUUUUCUGAUUUUAGUUUUUGUAAACGUUCAUGUUUAGUUGACACAAAAAAGGUGAUUAUAUUUUUUUCUUUGUGAAAUAUGAUGAUGAAAAGUCAAAUCGAUGUGAACGUGGUCGUUCACUCAUGUAGGACAGUUUUUUUUAUUUUGACAGGUUUGUUGCAUUAUUCAAACGUGCCUCUGAAGUGGGCACACAUUCUGUGUGUGUGCACUUUCUCUGUGAGUUUGAGGGUGUAUAAUGUUGUACAGUGUACAGCUGUUAUCAGAAAAAAGCAGUGACAGGAGUUUCAAGUUUUCUGUUAUUCCUGUGGUGUAGAUCAAAUGUACCUGUUUUUCUGAGGGAAAAUGAAAUACUACACCUGCGUUCUUCUACUUGUUUGAGCCUAUGGCUGUUUCCGUGUAUAUAUGUUACAAAAUGUACAUGUAAUGAAGAUUUUGUUCAAGAAAUCUUAAAUGUCUUAACAUGUCAUUUGAAUUGAUAUGACUCCAGCCUCUACAGAACAGAUUAGAUCACUUUACUUUUGAAUAUUUUGCAUAAAGUUGCAGAAAAAAAAAUUAAAGUACUUUUCUAAAAAAAAAAAAAAAAAAAAAAAAGAAAGAAAAAAAGUCCUUUAUAAAUUCAUAUCUGACAACUGCAUGCUGUGAACAACAAUAUUUUUGAUAUUGUUAAAAGUGUGCAUUUAAAAAUGAUUUGUCAUAAUGAGGAUUUAAAUAGGCUACAAUUGUCAUUUCUGCAAACAAAGAACAAAUAUAUAUAAUUUUCAUUCAGUAGUGUUUUCUUGUAAAAACAAAUUAAUAAAUGUAUGUUUUUGGUUCAUGACGUCGGCAUAUUUCAUAAUAAAACACUUUUGC